UGACUCCUUUUGAUUUAAAAUACUAGUGUAGGCUGGAAAAGAGCAGGGGGAAGGAAGAAUUCAUGGUGGCUUAAAGGGAAAUUAAACAGGUUUUCUGGUAAGAACUAAUCUGCCUACUUACCUUUCAGGGUGGAUGGAUGACAUCAUCAAACGAUGCCAUUGAGGUGCUGUACUGACAUGAAAUAUUCUUUGAACAUGCAAGCAGGGCAGCAACCCAAGCAGAUGUUAAAAACCAAUAAAACCAGACUCGAAGGCACUAGACACCUUUUCUUUUUUACAUCACGGGAAUAGGUUGCCAAGAAAUGCCUAGUCCCACUUGGAUAGCAGGUGUUACAUCGACCCAAAUCAAAUAUUGCCAACAGCUAUAUAAAGGCUUGAACACCAGCCUCCACUGAUUCAUACAGGAAGGAAGAGGUUGAGAGCGUGUGUGUGCGAGGCAUCCUGACAGGCUGCCAUGUUGAUCAGAACCACAGUGUUAGGAAUGCUCAUGAUCUGUUCCUUCUGGAUUGACACCACUACAGCCGGCUCUAGUUUCUUAAGUCCUGAACAACUAAAGUCACAGCAACGAAAAGCCCAUGCAAAACCUACACCAAAUCCCUACCGCCGAGAUGCAGAAGCUCUUCUGGACACCUAUGGGAUUGAGGGAAACACCAGCAAAAUCGAAAUGAAGUUUAGUGUUCCCUUUGAAAUCAGCAUGAAGCUCUCAGAAAAGCAGUACAAAGAUUAUGGACAAAUACUGGAGAAGUUUCUGGAAGACAUAUUUGCUGAGGACAGUAAAGAAGACCAAGCAAAACCAUGAAAAGCAAAGGUGAAAAUUGAGAUGUUGACUGCUGCACAGGAGAUUUACAUGAAAAAGGCAUUUCAAACUUGGAAUUAAACUGCUUCAAAUCUUGCUU